GUCCCAGUCAGCCUCGUCAGCCUGGUCAGCCUAGUCAACCUAGUCAGCUGAGCGCGAAUUUUCUGAUCUCUGUGGCUGCAGUCUGCAUUUUCCCUCCUGCAUUUCUCCACCGCCCGCGGUCCGCGGUUCAGCCCUCUGAGAUGGCUCCAGUCCGGUUUCUCUCAACGCCAAGCCAGCCUCAAAGCCAACCUCAAGUCCAUGCAGCCGAAGCGAUGCGACCAUUCACCAAUGAGAUUUCAAUGCUCUUCUCCUCCGGUGCUUCUGGAGGAAAUCAGCGUUGCAGCUAUGCAGACUUUGGAACUCACUGUGGAGGCUUGUGGCUGCCUCAUUCACAGGUUCGGGAGGUAGCGAGAGGAGUUUUAGAGUUCUUGGCUUCUGAGUCCAGCCUGACUGCUGUGGCCCAAGAUGUGGCGCAGGAGCUUCCCGCCAGAAGAGCUGCUGCUGCUGCAGUGCAGAUUCAUUGGUGAUGAUUACUGCGAGUAUCUCCCUGGAAGAAUCAUCGUAAAGCGGCCAUGCUCUGCACCACUACUUUGGUGGUGACAACAAGCAUGGGUUGAAACUACAACUACACCGAGUGAAGUUGCAACAAGCUCAAGGGGGUGUGAGUGAAGUUGCACCAAGCUGAAGCGCGGCUUGCGAUGUCCCAGUCAGCCUCGUCAGCCUGGUCAGCCUAGUCAACCUAGUCAGCUGAGCGCGAAUUUUCUGAUCUCUGUGGCUGCAGUCUGCAUUUUCCCUCCUGCAUUUCUCCACCGCCCGUGGUCCGCGGUUCAGCCCUCUGAGAUGGCUCCAGUCCGGUUUCUCUCAACGCCAAGCCAGCCUCAAAGCCAACCUCAAGUCCAUGCAGCCGAAGCGAUGCGACCAUUCACCAAUGAGAUUUCAAUGCUCUUCUCCUCCGGUGUUUCUGGAGGAAAUCGGCGUCGAAUCCUUUGUUAUGGUGACAGCUUGACAGCAGGCUUCUAUGACGGGGGACGCUGGUUUCAGCCAUAUGGCCGCAUGUUGGCAGACGAACUGGCAGCAUAUGGUGGAAGGUGUGAGGUGGUUGUUUGUGGUCUGAGCGGGAAAUCUGCGGAGGAUAUGGCCACGAAUACCAAUUCUACUCUGGUUGACGUUUGCGGCAUUUCUUGGAAGGGCAUUUCCAGAGUUCUCAGAGAAGAUGGCCCAUUUGAUUUAGCCAUUCUUAUGGCUGGCACGAACGACCUGCCGUACCCUUCAAAGCGAUGUGCGGCGGCCACAAAUAUCCUUCAGCUUCAUACUGCUUGCCAUGCAGUCGGAGUUCCAACAUUGGCAAUUGCUAUGCCACCUGCACCAUGUGGAAGUGAACUUUGGUGCAGAGACCGUGAACAACUCUUGAAACAAAUGAAAAACCUAUUCUCCAAGUUUGCGCGUGACGCGAAGCUGAACUAUCACAUGAUGACAUUCUUUGAUCCGGCUGACUUGUUGAGGCCUGACGACAAGAUGUUGUGGGAUUGUGAUGGUUUGCACUUCUCGCAGAUUGGCUCUGUCGUCCUUGGGAAAUGCCUGGCCAAAAUGAUCUUGGAGAUGCAGAACCCACAUGGGGACUUUUCCCGACAAAUCCGCGGAAGGCAACUUCCGACAAGUCCCAUCUCAAGGCAACAGUGGGCUAUGAAGGCACAGAGCACACUUCCUCCGCUUCAAACUUCUUAUGCUUGGAACACAAAGAGCUGCAAAAACAGCUGCAAAAAGCCAGAGCUGUUCAUCGGGAGGUACGUCAAGCUGGGAUGCUUCUGACUUUGCAGAGUGUCAGGCACAAACAGCAAUAAAUAGCAAUGUUAUUGCUUAUUCGUGUCUGCCAAAUUAGGGUUGCUCCAACCCAUUGGAAGUAAAUGGAAGUGAA